AUGUGCGCGGGCCCGGCGGUGCGGCAGGAGUACCGGCGGAGCCUGGAGCGGGGCCGCGCGGGCGCCUGCCCCGACCCCUCGUUCACCGAGAGGCUGCGGCAGCGGCUGCGGGCCGAGCCGGGGCUGCUGCGGGCCCUGCAGGACGACGCCGGCGCCCUCCUGGCCCGGGGGCUGCGGGGCCGCCGCGAGCUGGGGCCGGCGCUGCGGGGCCUGGCGGCCGCCUUCGAGCUGCUGGAGCGGGCGGCCCUCAACCUCUACCUCUUCCCCUGGCGCAAGGAGUUCGGCACCGUGCAGACCUUCUCGGGGGGCUACGUGCACUCGCUGCGGGCGGCGCUGCCCGAAGCCGACCUGCUGCGGAGCUUCGGCCGCCUGGGCUACGUGCGGCGGGACGAGCACCGCCUGGCCGUGUGCCGCCGGCCCCCGGGCGCCGAGCUGGCCGCCGCCGCCUGCGGCUUCUUGGCCUGCCGGCUGGAGUGCGAGAUCCUGGCCGAGGUGCUGCAGCGGCUGCGGCCCCGCCGGCUGCGCGCCGAGGAGCUGCUGGAGGCCCGCUGCCUCGCCCGCGACGCGGAGGCCUGCGUGGAGAUGCUGCGGGAGGUCGUGCCGGGAGGCGGCGAGGCGGCGGCCGCCUGCGACGACGACGUGGAUCUGUACCGGGAGAUGCCGGAGAGCCCCGGGGACGGCGGGGAGCAGGACCUCAGCCCCCCAGCGCCGAGCUCCAGGCUGCGGAGGGACCCUGCGGGGCCGCAGGAGGCCCAGGACGCGCUCGGGAGGAGCUGGGACCUCUGUGAACACGGCGAGCUCGGGCGGGAGCUGCUCCCCGCCAUCCCCAAGCCGGACGCUUCCUCCUCCUUCUCCUCCUCCCCUCGCUUUUUCCUGGAGCAGGAGCUCAGGGGGGCCGGCGGCGGCCCCCAGGUGCUCCCCCCCGCCUGGCUGCCCCCCGGGGAGCCCCCACCUGGCAGCCAGGCCGAGGCCGCGCCCCCCGGCGCCCCGCAGGAAGCGCCCGAGCUGCCCUGCUACCAGCUGCACUCCUGCCUGCGCCAGGGCGCGCUGCCCGCCUACUGCUGCACCACCUGCCAGCAGCUGCACGCCGGCACCUGCGCGGCCGGGCGGGCCUGCCGCAGCCAGCACCGCGGGCAGGAGCUGCGCGGCGAGCGGCAGCAGCGCCUCUGGCUGCAGCGGACAGAGGUGGACAUGCUGCUGGCCGACAGCUCCAGCACCCGGCCCUAGCAGGGGCCCGGGCGGCGCAGCGCCAGGGGUGCUGCCU